AUGGAUUCCUUUGGUCAGCAGAACACGCAGUCCUACCAGAGCAAUCUGACUGAUAUGGCAACAGGAUCUAUUGGCGACCUGGUAAAAGAGAGCGAGCUCUUGAAGGAAAAUCAGAGAAUCAGCCAAGUAGCGGAGCACUCAAUCAACCAAACAUUCAUAAAGCACAUCCCGCGCACUCACUCUUCUUUUUCUCCAAACGAUCUACAAGAUGAAGGACUAAUGCACUACGUAACCACAGCAUUUGCAGAAGUGUGCCGUAAAAUAGACAACCUGCACAACAUGCUAGAGAGACAGCCAGAGGAGCAGAGCAACACAGAGAAAAGAGAGAGUCUGGACAGUGUGAUAAUACAGGAGGAAAAGGAAGAAAAAGGGUGGUUUGAGAGAAUAAAACAGAUAAUAUACGGAAAAGAAGAGAGCGAAGAGUAUGCAGCGCCAGAAGAGCAAGGGCAGAUGGAAGAGAGCACCAUACAGGUUGUGCAGCCUCCUCCAAAGAUCUCAGCAGCUGAUGCCCUGGAGAACGCUCUGACACUGGCUGAAAAGGCGAGUUUGAAGGCAGAGCUUCGAAGACAUCAGCAGAGAGAGGCAGAAGCAAAUGAAAUGCACGCAGGAGAGACAGGGAAGAGAAUGGGAGCAGAGAUACAAUACCACAGAACAAGGGCAGAUGCAGCUGAAGCAGCGCUGAAAGAAGCAAGAGAUCAGAUAUCUAUCUAUAAAGCGAGACUGAAGAUAAGAAAAAAAGAGAUAUCAGAUAUAAAAUCAUCCUUCACUUCGAGCACAGCUGCAGAGUCACUGCUGGCUAAGCUGGCAACGACUGCAUCUGUGCAGCUAGCACGCGUUCUUCUGCUCCUCGAUAAGCCCGAUGCAAUUGAGCAGCUGCACCAGGAAAUAUCAGCAGGAGAAACAGGAAAGUUGGUCAGCUCGCUGCUGGAGAUCGAGACAGCCAUCAGAGACGCGCUUCAGAGAGAAAAAGAAGCACAGGAGAAAACGCAGAGAGAGAAGCAGCUGAUAAGCAGCCAGCUGAAGGUGUUAACGAAAGAGAUAGAAAAAGCACAGAAAGACAACCGCGCAUUGGUUAGCGAUAUAGAAAGAUCGCAGCUAGAGAACCAGGCACUUGCCAAAGAGGCAGAGGAAAUAAGGGAAGAGAAAGAUGCCAUAAUAAACAAGCAGAGACUGAUGAUAAAGCUGCUCCAGAGCAAGAUACCGCGGAUGCCUAAACAGCGCUCUUCCAUCACACAAUCUAGCAUUCUUAAAAAGCCUCAACCAGCAAAAGUACCUGAAAAAACAAAAGGGAAGGUGGAAAGAGAGCUGGAGGAGAGGAUAGGUGCGAUAAAAGAAAAAAUGAAGAAGAUAAACAGCACAGAAGACCCAACAUACAAAGCACACUUAAAAGAUUUAGAAGACAGCACAAGAAGACUGAACGAUUUUAUGCAAAUAUAG